AUGUUGCACCCUGCAACGAAGGUCAGAGGUGUAGAGAAGCUAAAAAUGGUUACUGAGUAUAGAAGACGUAUCAAGGGUGAAGAGUCUAUUCUCCGCCGUGAGGACUUAAUCGAAGCGCUAAAAGGAUGGUCGCUCAUCACCGAGAACAGCAACGAAAACAAUAUACACACUAAUCAUAGUACUAGCGAGAAUGAUGCUGCUGAAGCUAAUAUGCUAGAACAAGUGGUCGAAAUUGCUGACGACAGCCUCCUGCAAGGAUUGAUUGACGUGAAAGACUUGCCUAGGUGGAGUGAGAGGGGUAGGGACAGAACAGCUGAUGAAAAAGCCCUGCUGAUCGAUAAAGAAGUUAAGCAAUGGGCUAAAUUGGGUGGGCAUUGUGAAGACUAUGAGACCUUUUGGAAUACUGCUAAGCUGGAUUAUCCCUAUCUUGCUCGCACGGCAACGGUGGCACGCGGGGUGGUUAUAUCAACGGCAUGUGUGGAGAGUCUGUUCUCCGAGAUCCGGGAUAUCAUAGGUGAUAAGCGCACCAGAAUGAGAAUGGAGGUUGUUGAAGCACUUCUCAAAACUCGUCACACAUACAGAUUGUGGGACAAUGACAAGUAG